AAACGAGUCGAGAUCAGCGGCAGGAAGAUCGCGAUGUGGUGUCGAUGUCGGCUCAUGUUCAGUUGCGCUUGUCUGGUGGACGUUUGUCUGUUCAUCGGGUUGAAUCAGAGUCCUGAAGCCUUCGCAGGAAAAUGUCUCUUGCAGAUUCUCGAUUGGAUGGAUCGCUUCUGCCAGACAGGCAGUCCAUCUUUCUCCUCCGAACGGGAAAAUCCCCCUCAACAGAUCUAUCCGUGCAGUAAGUAAAAGGCACCUGGUCUGCAGUCAGGCGUCACGAAUCUCUUCGAUCUUCCUCGCAGAAGUUAACUUCUCUCGUAAAACUGCCAUUUCGAGGGCCAUGAGUUUCGGCGUAAGACUGCUAGGGUUGGCCAACUUUGUUGUCGGGAGGCUCUGGAUUGUUCCUAAGGGUCAAGUCGUUUCAUCGUUCAGCGUGGUUUUCGUCGACAGUCUUUUCAAAGCAUUUCGUAAUGCAGUCGGGUCGUCUUUGGUGACCUCAUCAGCAUCGGCGGCAUUAUUGUGGCAGCCGGUUUGUGGGGCGGAGAUGAUGAUGAAGGUGGUAAUGAUGGCGGAAAGAUGAAGAUGAAGGAGUUGGUUCAGUGAUGAUUCCGCUCUCAUUUUGCGCGUUCAUUCGACCUUCCCUCUCACGGCUUUGUCUGUUGGUUGGUGAUCUUCAAAGUGGGGCAACUUGAUGACAUAUUGCAAUUAAGGUGUGGAGAGUGGGUGGCUGAGUGGGUGGUCAUUGUUGGUGGGACGCGUAUGUGGGCGUGCUGAUUGAGGUGGCGGAGUGGAUUGGGGAAUGGUUGGUUCUUGCGGUUGCUCUGAUUCCUUCCCCGCAGUGAUUGUUUUAGGGGACAUGACCGGAGCGUAGGGACGGACCGUGGCAGGGUAUACUGGCAUAACUCAUUGAGAUCAAUAUGUGUAGGGUAUGAGUGGGUUUUUGCUCCAUUAUUGAUACUUUCGACAAAUUUGCUCGACAUUACUCAGGGCUGACGAGGUGUAGGUGCGUGUGGAUUUGGAUUCUAUCGCAGUCAGCAUAUGGGAGCUUCUUCAAUAGAUGAUGCUUGUGGAUCUUGUGCAUGGUCGAAAGGGAGACCUGGAAAGAACGAGAAGAUUAGUCCGCAAGCGAAGGGCUGUUAGGAGGUGACAUCAUUGACAGGUUUCAGGGUUGAACGUUACUUUUGAGCGAUAACUUUGGUGAUUGUUGCUGUUGGCCAUCCUUGAGCUCUCAUCAGAGACACCGCUUCGUGACUAGACCAAGUCAGCUUUCAUUGCCAGGUGCCGACCGAUUAUAGAAUUUGCACACCCGAUGAUGUAGGUGCACCUUGACAGAAUUGUUUCUGUACAACCGUGAUCCAGGAAGUGCUCUGAUUGAGCUAGCCCAUGGAGUCUGUCAACAUUCCAACAGCUGAAGAUGGUACUGUGCGACCAUGGCUUAGGAAGUUUCGCACUGACAACCAUCAACGACUGAAUGGACUCAAUCUAGACUUCAACGGAUAUACGCAAUUCCCGAAUAUAACUUUGUGAUUGACUUCGGUCGAGGAUUGCAUGAAGCAUCGAAACAUCAUCCUGAAUGGAUCAAGAAGGUUGUAUUUAACAAGGAUCGUACGCACUUUGGAGAAGACCCUCACCGGCAUAAUGUUCUUGGCGAAGAGCAGAUUGCUGUGGCUAGUUAUAGGACUAUUUUUUCUAGCUUCGGUGUUGGGCUUACCGGCACCUGUUGUGGCCGCUCGACUGUUGGCGGAUGCUCCUACCAUUGUGCAGGAUCCCAAUGAAGGAGAUGUAGAGUCGUCGAAGUCGUCUGCCUUCAAUCGUGUAGGGAUUUACGUAGUGGGAUUUGGAUGUGCGGUGUUAUUAAUUGCGACCAUCUCGGUGGUUGCGGUCUUAUAUUUGCGUCACAAGAGGAAAAUGACAACGGUGAGUCCGUGGAGGCAAGGCAUGAGUGGUCAGCUUCAGAGAGAGCCUGAAAUCAUCGUGCCAUUGUUGGAGAGGGAAGCCUUGGAGGUCGCAUGCGAGGACUUCAGCAAUAUUAUCGGGUCUUCUCCUGAUUGUGUUGUCUACAAAGGAACGCUUCCUGACGGAACCGAGAUUGCUGCCACAAGCAUACAGAUGUCAGCUGCAAAUUGGCCUCCUCACUAUGAGUUGUCGUUUCGGAAGAAAGUCAAAGCGCUAGCAAGAAUGAAGCACCCUCAUUUAGUCAACUUCAUCGGGUACUGUACAAAAGACGAUCCCUGGACGCGUAUCUUCGUCUUCGAGUAUGCUAGCAACGGAUCUCUCUACGACCACCUGCACAACAAGGAAAGCGAGCAUUUGGGCUGGACCGCACGGAUGCGCCUUGUGGUUGGCGCUGCGAUUGGGUUGAAAUACAUGCAUCAUGAGCUUGUGCCGCCUGUACACCACUCGAACUUCAGUGCGGAGUCCGUCCUCUUGACCGACGAUUACGCUGCCAAAGUCUCAACUUUCGGAGUGACGGGGGUGCCGAUGAUGAGAAACGAUUCACAGAAAUCCAGUUGGUUUGCGGGGAAGACGUCUGGGCAUGAGAAUGGUGCAUCCAUAGACCAUCUCGACCCUGACUUCGAAAACGACAUCUACAGCUUCGGUGUUUUCUUGCUGGAGGUCAUCACAGGCCGGCCGCCGGAGAGUGAGGGUGCACCACCUCUUGUUGAGUGGGCGAGGGAGUAUCUGAGCGACCCCAAGAUGAUGUGGUACAUGGUUGAUCCAACUUUGAAACCUUACAACCACGAUGAGCUCGUUGCGGUUUGCAAGGUUGCCUCGAUGUGUCUCUCGACGGAGUCGCCGAGGCCAUCCCUCCUUCGCAUUUGCGACAUGCUUACAGAUAAUCUGAAGCUCAGUCCUGACGUUGUGGCUGCGAAGUCACCUGCCGCAUUGUGGGCUCAGCUUGAGCUUCAUGAUGACAGCUCUUCAGAGGUAUCAACUUGAGAACCGAUUCUAAGAUUACAACAGAGUGGUCUCGUUUGCCUUGUAGGAUAUGGGGUGUUCUGCCAAUUAUCAGAAUGCGUCGAGUCUUCGCAGUCUUUUCCGCAAUACAUUCUAUCGAAUAGGUACCAUAUGGUAUUUUUUUUUUUUUUUUUUUUUUUUUUGAGUAGAUUGCAGGACAACAUAGGAAGGGGAUAAUGAAAGAAGACCGAAAUGAAGUGCGUUUUCUUCUAAUCUCCCCUCAUCAGUUCCUGAUGUAUCAUAGACUGUUCCAGUUUCACGGCAGUUUCGUCGAGUCAAGAAAAUACACCAGGUUUGAAUCAUUUGUAGUACCAUAUCUAGCCAUGAUUGUGCGUACAGAGAAGUGGGGCCGUCUCGACGCAAAUGCUUUGUCGUGGGCGACCACUCAUCGUCUCGAAGACUGUACACUCCAUGGUUUCUGGCAUCAGUCUUAACAGUGUUUAGGUGUUCAUGCACGGCCAUGCAUUUGUUUUAUACAGUCACCCAAGCAAACACAAAACAUUUCGCUACCAAGUGAAGGAAGCGCAACUUCGCAAAGGAAGUGUAAAUGUGUGUGCGCCUCAACAUGUACAUAUAAACGUAUGUAUACAUAUAUAUAUGGUCUGGUAGCUAAUCAUUGUGGGUAAA